UGGGUGUUGGUCUCUUUUGGAGUCUAGCGAAUGUGCCAAAAACGUAUCAAAAACCAGAUACAGACCAACCCAAAACUCUCUCUCUCUCUCUCUAUCUCUAUCUCUCUCUCCCUCCCUCUCUCUGUCUCUGCAUCAGAUGGGGUUUUUUUGUAUUUCGCUACUGAAGUUAGCAGCAGCUGCUGCUACGCUCUGAUCGCCCAUUAACUCUCUCUCUCCAUCUCUCAGAGCCUGUGACUUGUCACGGGCUCAGUGGGCUUGCAGAAAGUUUUCGCUUUUUUAAGUGGAAACGCAAGUUUUACCCUGUUCUUAGCCAUAAACAUACCAUCUUUGUGCCUUUUUGAGGUUCCCUGCGCCUUAAACUUGUUGUAUUCCCCUGUUGGUCCCUCAGGAAUUCACUGAUUUCCCCCCCUCCCUCAUCUCCACAGAGCCUUUUCAAUUUUUUCCCUCUGGAAAAGUGAGGGUACAUGCACCGACAAGAAGACGCCCUGCUUCUUCUUUCUUCGGCCUACGAUUCAAGAGAGAACCUUGGGGAUGCUCCUUGUUCAACGACCCCUUUGAUGGUUUUCCGUUGUCCUGAACAAGUCUGGAGGUUGUUGUGAGUGUUUCCUUCGGCAAAAUCGACCUUGAUCCUCGUUCUCCAUCUCGCUGUCACGACGAAGUAUAAAGAACGGAAAAAAAGAAGAAGCAAGAAACCCCCAGCUCUGUGAGUGAAAAGCAAGAAAUGACAGUCUUGAAGGAACCAGAGAGGAGCUUGGAUCCGCAGCUAUGGCACGCGUGCGCGGGAGGGAUGGUCCAAAUGCCUCCAGUGAACUCCAGAGUCUUCUACUUCUCUCAGGGCCACGCCGAGCACGCUUCCUCUGCUGUCGAUUUUGCCGGCUCCUCCGGCGUCCCGCCCCUCAUCCUCUGCCGUGUGUCCUCCGUCAAGUUCUUGGCCGACCCCGAAUCGGACGAGGUCUUCGCCAAGCUCAGGCUCGUCCCUCUGCCCAACACCGAGCUCGAUUUCGAGGACGACAGGGCCUUGGAGGCGGCGGCCGGAUCCGACAACCCCGAGAAGCCGGCCUCCUUUGCGAAGACGCUGACUCAAUCCGACGCUAACAAUGGCGGCGGCUUUUCGGUGCCGCGGUACUGUGCCGAGACGAUUUUCCCAAGGCUUGACUACUCGGCUGAUCCUCCGGUUCAGACCGUGAUCGCGAAGGACGUGCACGGCGAGACGUGGAAGUUCCGGCAUAUCUACAGGGGGACUCCUCGCCGGCACUUGCUGACCACUGGAUGGAGCAAUUUCGUGAACCAGAAGAAGCUUGUCGCAGGCGACUCUAUCGUGUUCCUCAGGGCUGAGAAUGGAGAUUUGUGCGUUGGGAUUCGGCGCUCCAAGAGAGGAGCCGGGGGGGAAUCUCCGGCUGCAUGGAGUGCCGGCGGGGGUGGGAGUUGUGUUCCGCAGUUUGGUGGGUUCUCGAUGCUGCUGAGGGAGGAAGAGAGCAAAUUGAUGCGGAAUGCGGGUUGUGACGGCGGAUAUAGAGGAGGGAAGGGAAGAGUGAGGUCCGAGUCCGUGAUCGAGGCCGCCGCUCUGGCCGCCAGUGGGCAGCCGUUCGAGGUGCUGUACUAUCCAAGGGCAAGCACGCCAGAGUUUUGCGUCAAGGCGUCGUCGGUGAAGGCGGCGAUGAGGACGCAGUGGUGUUCGGGGAUGAGGUUCAAGAUGGCUUUCGAGACAGAGGACUCUUCGCGGAUAAGUUGGUUCAUGGGGACCAUUUCCUCUGUUCAGGUCGCGGAUCCCAUCCGCUGGCCGAAUUCGCCAUGGCGGCUCCUUCAGGUGACCUGGGAUGAACCGGACUUGCUGCAAAAUGUCAAGCGUGUCAGCCCGUGGCUGGUCGAAUUGGUAUCCAACAUCCCGGCUAUCAACAUGUCGCCCUUCUCUCCACCGAGGAAGAAGUUGCGCCUGCCGCAUUACCCGGAUUUUCCACUCGACGGGAACUUCCUUGUCCCCUCGUUCUCAGGCAAUCUCCACGGGCCCACAGGCCUCUUGUGUUGUCUAUCUGAUAAUGCUCCUGCAGGCAUACAGGGAGCCAGGCAAGCUCAAUUUGGAAUACCCUUAACCGAUCAUCACCUCAACAACAGAUUGCGGUUAGGGUUACUGUCGUCCAAUUUGCAUCGUUUCGAUCCACAUUCUAGAAGUUCCAACAGCAUCAUGAAAGACAACAUGCAGGGGAGUGAAAGUUUGUCAUGCUUACUUACGAUAGGGAACUGUAGUCAGAGUUCAGAGAAAUCUGGUGACGAGAAGAAGCAUAAGUUCCUGCUCUUUGGGCAACCUAUACUCACGGAGCAGCAGAUUUCACGCGGUCGCUCUGGUGGUGAUGUUGUCUCUGAAGUUGUCAGUGGCAAAGGUUCAACCGAUGGAAGCACUGGCAAACUGAAGUUCCACUCUGAUGGUGUGGGGUCCACGCUCAAGCAGGCUGGUGCUGGCUUCUUGUGGCGCCGUGGCUUUGAAACCUCUGAACUUGGCCUAGAAACGGGUCACUGCAAGGUCUUUAUGGAGUCGGAGGAUGUGGGAAGGACCCUCGAUCUCUCAAUUCUCGGUUCGUACGAAGAGCUUUACAGGAAGCUUGGUAACAUGUUUGGAAUAGAGAGAUCGGAGAUGCCUAGCCAUGUUCUCUACCGAGAUGCUGCCGGUACCGUCAAACGGACAGGAGAUGAACCUUUCAGCGACUUUAUGAGAACAGCAAAGAGACUGACCAUCUUCAUGGAUUCAGCCAGUCAUAAUAUUGGAAGGACAUUGCUCACAGGGAGGAGGAACGCCGAAAAUGGAUUCGACUCGACUGCUAAGGCGGGUCCGUUGAGCACGUACGCAUAGUCCUCUAGUUCGUGCAACCCAAAAAAAAACUUUGAUUUAUUUUUCGCGCUCGCAUUAUUGCAAAGACUCUGAAAACGACUCCUAUUUGUAAUGAUGUUAGGAACAAUGUGGUGGAUCUUGAUGAUGUUGCUUCAUGUUUCCCUGAAUCUGCAAAGGUGGUCCGUGUAUCGAUCCGACUUUGAAAUAAGAACAGGGCAUGUCGUGUCUUCA